UACUGUUGUUUUAAUUGCAAGGUGAGGUUCACAGACAGAAACAGCGCCCUCUAGAGAGAUAAACCUGAAUCAUCGCACCGGAAGCAAGCUCUUAUUUUGAACGCAGCCAAUAAGCGUGCCUACCGUAAUACUCAGUGAAUGAACGCACCACGCGCCUGCCCUAACCGCCCGCACUGGAUAGAAUCCCAGAUCCACGCAUCACUGUGCGCCUGCGGUGUCACAAGAUGCAUUCUGCCUCACCAUGCGUGUGAUGUGGGUCUGUUAUUUAGCCUCUAUCACAGUAAGGGUGGAAGUGACACAUCCGCGUAGAGUGGCAGCUUCUCCGUCAGGAUCUGCUGAGGAUGCGCCCGGAGCGCUCUGUUGAUCUGCGUUGAUGAGGGGCCUCCUCCUUCAGCUCCUGUUUCAGCGCGAGAAGGAUUGUUGUUAUUUAUACUGCAGGAGGAGAAAUGGGGAACGCGACCUCCUGCUGCGUGUCUGGCAGUCCCAAGCUCCGCAGAAAUGCGCACUCCAGGCUGGAGCCGUACCACCAGGACUCGGAUCUAAGCAGGGAGGAGACGGCAUGCAACCUACAGCACAUCAGCGACAGGGAGAACAUCGACGAGUUGAACAUGGAGUACAACCCAUCUGACCAUCCUCGAGCCAGCACUAUAUUCUUGGGCAAAUCUCAUAAUGAGGUGAAACGAAAGAGCGUCUUCAUCAAUAACCACGGAAAUCUGAGGCGAAAGUACAGCUCGUGUUCCACCAUUUUCCUGGACGACAACACAGUCAGCCAGCCGAACCUCAAAUACACAAUCAAAUGCGUUGCUUUAGCGAUUUACUACCAUAUUAAAAACAGAGACACAAAUGGGGGCCUGCUCUUGGACAUAUUUGAUGAAAAGCUUCAUCCUCUCUCAAAAUCUGAAGUUCCACUGGACUACAACCAACAUGAUCCUGAGCAGAGGCAGAUCUACCGCUUUCUCAGGACCUUGUUUAGUGCUGCUCAGCUCACUGCAGAAUGUGCCAUCGUCACGCUGGUGUACUUGGAGAGAUUGCUUACUUAUGCAGAGAUUGACAUCUGUCCAGGAAAUUGGAAAAGGAUUGUUUUGGGCGCCAUCCUGCUGGCCUCAAAGGUCUGGGAUGACCAGGCUGUCUGGAACGUCGACUACUGCCAGAUCCUAAAGGAUAUCACCGUGGAAGACAUGAAUGAACUGGAACGACAGUUUCUGGAACUUCUGCAGUUCAACAUCAACGUACCUUCCAGUGUCUACGCCAAGUACUACUUUGACCUGCGGUCGCUCUCAGAAUCUAACAACCUCAGCUUCCCACUGGAGCCGCUCAGCAGGGAAAAGGCCCAGAAAUUAGAGGCCAUUUCCAGACUAUGUGACGAUAAAUAUAAAGACAUUCGGAAAGCUGCCAGGAAACGCUCGGCCAGCGUAGACAACCUGUGUGGGAGACGAUGGGUUCCUGCAAUUCUCUCUUAACCAAUCAUCUCUGUAACAACUGGACAGGAGUUUCAUGGUACUGGACCAGAAAGUUCUGAAACCACUGAUAACAGGUGAAGAUCCAGCGCCAGUUGGAUUUCAAGACUUUUGGUGAUUUUGGAUCCUUAAUGCAGGACUUAUUAAUGGAACAGCUGUGGUUUACUCCAAUUGGUAAAGCUUCAUAUGAGACGACGUACAGCAUGACCAUGGCCCUUAGGAAGAGUCCAGAGCUUAUUCUUUAAAACGAUGCCUUCAGAGUGCCUCGACCUGUCUACUGAUCUGGAAGUUGCAGGAAUUCUACUGUUUUAUUCUAAUCUGUAUUUAAAAAAACACAUGAAUAAGGUGAUACAUUGAGACAUAUUUAGACAUGAGAACAGCGGUGAUGGAAAAGACAAAUUUGCGUUUAUGUCUUUUGCUCUGAUAACUGUUAAAAGCACAUACUUCUUGUUUUAUUACUCAAACAUGACCCUAGUUGGGAGCUUUCUGCUUAGUAUUUAUUUCCUAUGAUAGUAUUUUAAACAAUGAAAGUGUUCUUGAAGGUUUACAGUAUUUCUGGUGUACCUCUCAAUACUCAGGUAGUGCAUUGAAUAUGUUAAUUUGCUCUGAUGCUUUGUAUUUUAUGUAUGUUUUAUGGAUGGAAACAUGUUAAACUAGCCAAGAGUGUAGAUAGAAGAUGCCAGGAUAAAGAAAUGAGCGGGAGAAUGCUCAUUUUCAGUCAAUAUUAGUUAAGCAAUAAAAAAAACUUAUUCAAACAGCAAGAUUUUUUUUUCUUAUUAUCAAUAUUGCCAUGGAAUUAAAGUUACUUUAACUCAUAAUAUUUAGAGGACAGAAUUUGAAGACUGCAUUAAUGAAAAAGUUCAAUUCUUAACUAAAAUAUUUGCUUGGCUCGUAAAAGAACCUUGUUGGGACUCCUUGUAUGUUCUUCAAAUUAUUUAUGUUAAGUUUUUCCCCUUAAAAAAAUUAUGUUCUUAAAAGUUUGAGAACAGAUUUAGUUCAGAUUUAAAAAAACACAUUUCUCCUUGCAAGGCUGGUUAUUUCUUCAAAGAUGCAAAGAAAUGAAAAGCGUCCCUAUAAAUAAUUUUAGCACCUCUUGUCAUUCUAGAUCUCAUUUUAGUUUUGAUAUGUAGAUUUUUUCUGGUAGGUCAGCUUUACACUUUAAAUGUCGGUCAGAUUUGUUCGAUGCUUCUUUAAAGGCAUAUUUCAAUUUUUUUCACGCAGGAUUGUACUUUUUCUGAGUUUUUUUCUGAGUGGUCGGUGGUUUUUAUAAAAAAAUCUCAGCCUAAUUUAAGUGUGGUCCACCUAAGAUAAAAAAUCACUACAAUUUAAAAUAACCAAUGGUAAAUGGCCUGUGCUUAUAUAGCUCCUUUUUACAUCAGGUCACUACAUUAAGUCAUUCACCCACUCACCCAUGCACUGAUAACACAUUAUAGCCACAGCUGCGUUGGGGCACACUGGGCCCUCUCACCACCAUCAGUAGGUUUUAAGGGUGCAGUGUCUUGCUAAAGGACCCACUACUGAGACGGACAGAGCUUCGAGGUGUGAACCAGCAACCCUCUGCUUCCAGGAUUAACAAAAAAUCUUAGAUAGGUGUUGGUUUGUAUUGUAGAAAUUUGUUAUGAAUGCCUAAUAAGCUAAAAAGAUUUUAAAUCUUGUUUUUAAACGUCCUUUUAACACACCGACUACCUAUAAGGUCCGUAUAACCCCAAUUUUAAUAUCCUGAGAAAUUUGCCAAAUUUGUCAAUUAGGGAUUUAAUCAAAUGGAAGGAGAUAAAAUGUCAACAAUUUUUUUUCAGGUACAUCAGUAGCCUUUUGUUUCCCCAUUAGACAUAUUUUAUAGUGAAGCCUUGGCUUAUAUUAAUGCAGUCUUCAUACAUGGCAUUCAGGGUCAUCAAGAAAUAAAAAAAUGUUUUUAUCAACUUGUAGGUCCAAGUUUCACUAAGAAGAAUAACCAGAAAUGAUGUCUAACAAGUGGUGUAUGCGGAGGAUAUUGGUGAGCAAGUGGAGUAAAGAGACCACUAAACCAGUCUGGCUUUUAUUUCUUCAGUAUUACAGAAAAGCAUUUUGAGAACUCAUUUGAUCUUCAGUGCAUUUGUAGAUUUCUAGUCUUGGUUCAGUUUCUCUCGCCUUUCAUCUGUUACAUUAAAAGAUUAUUUUUUCUGCCAGUGAAGGGGUCCCUGUCAUCGCUUAGCGAGGCAAGUUUCCUGUGUUCUAAUUCCUCAAAUGAGACAGUUUCCCUGUUUUACUAGAUUAAAAAUAAUGUUUUCAAAACAACAACAGAUAAACUGCCUAAACUUAACCAACCAAAGAUUUAUUUUUUAAUUUGGUAAAACUAGACCCUUUGAUAUAUAUCUACAAAUAUAAAAAACUUGUCACAAUGUGGAUGAAAGUAAAGCUAUCCCCAUACUGUUUUAAGUUAUCCGUACUGUCAGCAUCCGAUCAUAAUUUUUUUGUGUCCAGUAAGCAAAAAAAAAUAAUUUAUUAUUUUGUUUUUUGUUUUCUGAUUACUGAACUAGUAUUAAAUAUUUAUUUUCUGAAUUACCUUUGUACAGUUUAUAGAAAUGUCUCA